AUGAAUGGUACUUGGUUUUCUUGGAUAGUGGGAUUGUUCCUAUUUUUUUCCAACGUGUCUUUGGCUGCACAACACGAACCACCUGCAACUUGGGAAAACGUUGAUUAUAGGAGAACAGUUGACGUCUCCAACGCUUAUAUUUUGGAAACAGUUGAAAUAACCAUCAGAAACAUAGCAACUGAGCCUGAAACUGAAUACUUUGCUGCCUUUGAAAGUGACAUUUUUGAUAAGAUUUCCUUUUUCUCUGCUUUCUUGAGCGAUCAAAAUAUCUUUUUGAAUAGUCAGUUGCUUACCAAUUCAACUACUGCAACUGAUGUUGAAGGUAAGAAUGACAUUAGAUACGGGGUCAUUGAGUUUCCAACUGCCAUUUCCCCACAGGAAGAAGUAUCCUUUGUGAUUAAAAGUUUCUUUAAUACUGUCGGUAUUCCUUAUCCUGAGCAUGUUGGGAUGUCAGAGGAACAACAUCUAUUAUGGACAACGAACAGAUUACCACUUUCUGCAUAUGAUACCAGAAAAGCCUCACUUACAUUGAUAGGCAGCUCUUCAUUUGAGGAAUUUCAUCCUCCAAAUGAUGCAGAUUUACUGGGAAAAGUUAGCGGCAGUUCUUUUGAGUUUGGACCUUGGGAAGACAUUCCAAGAUUUACUGAAAAUGAAAAUUUGGCAGUUGUUUACUCGCAUAAUUCCCCAUUGAAUGAAGUUGUCAACCUAAGAAGAGAUAUCUGGCUUUCUCACUGGGCCUCUACAAUUCAGUUUGAAGAGUACUACGAAUUAACAAAUAGAGCUGUUAAACUAACCAAAGGAUUUUCAAGAUUAGAAUUAAUGAAACAAAUCCAAAGUCAGAAUAUGAGGCAAACUCAUUUUAUCACUGUCUUAGACAUGUUACUACCCGAGGGAGCCACUGACCAUUAUUUUACAGAUCUGGUUGGGCUUGUUUCCACCUCGCACGCAGAACGUGACCAUUUCUUCAUAAGACCAAGAUUCCCAAUAUUUGGAGGUUGGAACUAUAACUUCACCGUUGGUUGGACUAAUCAGUUGUCCGAUUUCUUGCAUGUAUCCUCUAGCUCAGAAGAGAAAUACAUUGCGUCUAUCCCAAUACUCAAUGGUCCGCCGGAUACUGUAUACGAUAAUGUUGAGUUAUCGGUAUUUCUUCCAGAGGGAGCAAAGAUUUUCGAUAUUGAUUCUCCUGUCCCCUUUACAAAUGUUUCCAUAGAAACCCAAAAAUCUUAUUUUGACCUAAAUAAGGGACAUGUUAAACUAACUUUCCAAUACAAAAACUUGAUCACCCAAGUUGCUAAUGGCCAGGUCUUGAUCAAGUACGACUACUCUAAAAACUCUUUUCUAAAGAAACCUCUAUCCAUUGCUUGCUAUAUUUUUACUGCACUAAUGGGGAUAUUUGUUUUAAAAACUUUGAAUAUGAAUGUAACAAACUAG